UUGGUUCUGUAUUUCAGAUUUGUUAGGAAAACGAAUUAAACUGUGUAUAACAUCUUAACAUCAUGAUUGAAUGUUUGUUAUCAAGUAAAACCGCCACAUCGGGUGUAAGAACUGUUACUUCUCAAUGGUUGUUGUUGCUUUCGAUUGCUUUAGUUGUUCAAAAUACAUUGGGUGGAAUUGUGAGGCGAUCCACCGAUGAUGAUAGUUAUCUACCUGGCUUGAUGGAUGUGAACCUGGAUGUUGGAACCGACAUUGAGGCAAACAGGGAACCUGGAAACCACCAUCAUCGUCAUCAUAAUCGACACCAUGGACCUGGGAAUUUCACGAACGUGCGUGUCGGUCAUCAGCAUAGUGAAGCGGAGAGAAUAGCCGGGGUGUCAUUCGCCGAGAUGUGUGAAAGUGGUCAAAUGGAGGACCAAGACACCACCACAUGGAGCAAUGUACAAUGUCAGAACUGUAGUUGUGAAGCAAGCGUGGUGGUGUGUCGGCCAAAUGUGUGUCCAAAUCUACCAUGCGGACAACCUGUAACGGUGCAAGGCCAAUGCUGUCCUGUUUGUCCAGAUAAAGUUUGCCAGGCAGCAGAUGGACGUCGUUUCACUGAAGGUGCGGAGUGGUAUCUUGACGAUUGUACUUACUGUGAAUGUAAGCAGGGAAGAGCACUAUGCUCGGUGGAAGACUGCGAGUACAAAUCAUGUGAAAAUCCCGUUAAAGUUCCCGGUGAAUGUUGCCCGAUAUGCGCGGACGCUUCAUGUCACGCGGAUUCUGGAAGAAAUCUGAGUGCUGGUGCCGUUUGGAAAGAAGGUCUCUGCACACACUGCUACUGCCGAACCGGCGACCAAGCUUGCGCACAAGAAAAAUGUCCUCAAAUUAACUGCACGCACCCGUACAGACGACCGAAUGAAUGUUGCUACACAUGUCAAGAUGCGGUUGAAUGCAUUGUGUCAACGUGGGGUACUUGGGGUGAAUGUCCCAUUCAGGAAUGUGGGGGUGGUAAGAGAAGGAGGUACAGAGGUGUGGUUAUACCUCCACGAAACGGGGGUGCGUUCUGUCCACAUAUGAGUGAAGCACAAGAAUGUCCUCGACAGCCAUGCAGUGAUAUUCCGGUUUGUCCCACAACGGAGUGGGGUUCAUGGAGCCACUGCACUGCUACUUGUGGAAAGGGAAGACGACUGCGCAUGCGCGAAAGGGCAAAGGUUACCAGGGAGACCAUGACGUCAUUAAUAGACUGUUCGCAAACACACAUGCAAGAAACAAUGCUUUGUUAUACUGGGACCUGCAAUCUGUCACCAAUACUAUUAGAUAGUGCACGCCUUGAGCAGGAGGAAAGAUGUCCUGGUGUUUAUUGGUCAGAGUGGGGUCCUUGUUCAAAAUCCUGUGGUCGUGGAACAAGAUUAAGAAACCAAGUUCUUAGAAACUCCUCCGAAUCCAUUGAAGGUGCUUGUAGGUUGUUGCGGGAAUUGAAGGAAUGCCACGGCCGUAACUGUACGGGAACUGCUGAUUCACCCAUCAACUGCAAAGUAACACACUGGAGCCCUUGGACAGUUUGUUCUGCUACUUGUGGAGAGACAGCAGCGAAGAGUCGACACCGCACAAUCAUUAGACAUCCAUCACCCGGUGGAAGAGCUUGUCCUCAUCUUACUGUGUCUAAGAAGUGUAAACUUGACCCUUGUCUCACCCUUCGAUCAUUAAUACGUACACAACCAUCACCGCACGCGUGUGUGUCCGAUGACGGGUUAACUCACUACGCGGAAAAUGAACGGUGGACGCCUGAAGAAUGCAAGACAUGCGUGUGCAUGAACUCUGUCAAAGUUUGCAGCGAUGUGUUUUGUAGCAAGCCUCAAUGCGAGCACCCAGUUAAAUAUCCGGGUUUCUGCUGCAUGUUCUGCGAGUGAAUAUUAAGUAGAUAGCGGCGCUAUAUACUUGACGAUCGGAUGGGCGAACCACUUCCUGCAAUGCUUCUGCUUCCGUGUACAUCCGUAUAGGAGAAUAUGUUGCAACUCCCAUGCCUUUGCUUUGCGUAUCUAGCGAGUUCAUACCAGUUUUACAAAAUCCAAUGUAAUUUAAAUCACCUUUCUUUGCCAAGAGCAGGCUCUAAGCAAAGGUUCCGAAAUUUGUAUUCUUUAUUUAUAAAGAAGCAAAUCGGUUUGGUGAAUUUUUUACAAUUGCUGUUUGACAAAACAGUCUUGAGUAUUUUGUUGUGCAUGCAGCAUUCCUUUGACAUUUUAUUAAGCUUUUGUUCCAGUAUGUUUCUGUUGUUAACCUUAUAUGUUCGUUGCUAAAUUAUACAAAUGCAUUUUUGACGUUUUAAUACAAAUCUUACAUUUUCAAAA